CAACGCUUUAAUCAGUAAGUUUCUCACUGCGCAGGGAAAGGAGUAUAGAGCCAGUUUCUCUUACCGCCGGUAACGCUUCCCCACUAAAACACAGAAAUGGAAGAUGAAAUCGCCGCCCUGGUCGUUGAUAACGGCUCCGGUAUGUGCAAGGCCGGGUUCGCCGGAGAUGAUGCUCCUCGGGCGGUGUUCCCGUCCAUCGUUGGUCGCCCCAGACAUCAGGGAGUGAUGGUUGGCAUGGGCCAGAAGGACAGCUACGUGGGAGAUGAGGCUCAAAGCAAGAGGGGUAUCCUGACUCUGAAGUACCCCAUUGAGCACGGCAUCGUCACCAACUGGGACGACAUGGAGAAGAUCUGGCAUCACACCUUCUACAACGAGCUGAGAGUGGCUCCAGAGGAGCACCCCGUCCUGCUCACAGAGGCCCCCCUCAACCCCAAGGCCAACAGGGAGAAGAUGACCCAGAUCAUGUUUGAGACCUUCAACACCCCUGCCAUGUACGUGGCCAUCCAGGCCGUGUUGUCCCUGUACGCCUCCGGCCGUACCACCGGUAUCGUCAUGGACUCCGGUGACGGCGUGACCCACACAGUACCCAUCUACGAGGGCUACGCUCUGCCCCACGCCAUCCUGCGUCUGGAUCUGGCCGGCCGCGACCUCACAGACUACCUGAUGAAGAUCCUGACGGAGCGAGGCUACAGCUUCACCACCACGGCCGAGAGGGAAAUCGUUCGCGACAUCAAGGAGAAGCUGUGCUACGUGGCGCUGGACUUUGAGCAGGAGAUGGGCACCGCUGCCUCCUCUUCCUCCCUGGAGAAGAGCUAUGAGCUGCCUGACGGACAGGUCAUCACCAUCGGCAACGAGAGGUUCCGCUGCCCAGAGGCCCUCUUCCAGCCCUCCUUCCUCGGUAUGGAGUCUUGCGGCAUCCACGAGACCACCUUCAACUCCAUCAUGAAGUGUGACGUGGACAUCCGUAAGGACCUGUACGCCAACACGGUGAUGUCCGGAGGAACCACCAUGUACCCCGGCAUCGCUGACAGGAUGCAGAAGGAGAUCACCUCUCUGGCCCCGUCCACCAUGAAGAUCAAGAUCAUCGCCCCUCCAGAGCGUAAAUACUCCGUCUGGAUCGGAGGCUCCAUCCUGGCGUCUCUCUCCACCUUCCAGCAGAUGUGGAUCAGCAAGCAGGAAUACGACGAGUCUGGUCCCUCCAUCGUCCACCGUAAAUGCUUCUAAACCACCGACCCCGUACAGACUCUCUCUCCUUCCCAUUCCAACCAAGACUCUCUCUCCUUCCCAUUCCAACCAAGACUCUGUCUCGACAUGCCGUCAGACCACCUGGCGUGUCUUCUCCUGCUGUCAGUCUGUCUGAGAGCCUUCCCUGUUUGGCUGGAUGGACAGGAUGUGAUGUCGUCUGACGGCAGACCAUGUUGACGGGUCACGACUCCACACGUCCUUAGUUAGUUAACAGUCGUCGCGUUUAUGUUCCCCACCACCGUAUAUUGACCUCUAUGGAGGUGUUGCUGUCCACCCUAUCCCCUACCUAGUGCACUAUUGACCAGGGCCCAUAGGGAUCUAGUGCGUUACCUAGGGGAUAGGGCUGUAUUUGGGACCCUAACUCUGGGCUCUGUGUGGAGGGAGGGGGGGGGGAAUAAAGCUUAAUAUGUAAAUGAUGUUAUUGAUAUAAACAGUUUUGUUUUUGUAAUUUCAGUCUUAUGGUCCAGUUAGUUUUAUGCAACGAGGGGUUUGACCUUUCUAAUGAGAGUAAAGGUGUUCCCCUCUCUCUCUGGGGGGGUGUAGGCUCCUGUUGUGGACACUGACCAAUACAAAACCAAUAAAGUGCACAUGUCUAUUGAAA